CUACCAUACAUUUGACGCGUUACCAACAUCACUGGCACUGGCACCCGAAAAAUGGGCAGUUUACCCUUAUCUUAUGUUGAUUCGGGCAAACCGGCUAAAUGUUGACUGCAAUCAUUAAUAGCAUAUCAGACAGUUGUGAGCAAUUUCUUAAGGUUUUCACAUGGUAUGUGAUAUUCUAAGUGAUAUUUAGUACAUUAAUUGUGUCCCAAAGCAAAGUGAAGCAAACUGUGACAGCAGAAAAAGUAGUUUUGGGACAAACGGUACAGAAAUAGAUGUUCGUAACGCUUGAAAGCUACCAUACCAUUCCCUUGGAAAACACGAACUCUCUUUCUUGAAAAAAAAUCCCCAUCAUUGAGUAAAUAUUUACGAUCCAAUUUCUCUUAUUCAUUACUUGUUCAUAACGCGACUAACUUUAUAUUCUCAGCUGUGCACAGAGUUGCCAAUAAAAUUUUUAAUUGAACUGGAAGAAUGCUGAAGAAAAAACUUGAAAAAACUGGAUUCCAAAUAAAUUUGCCAAAUACCUAAAAAAUAAAUUGUCAGGGAGCUUUUCUGUGAUGGUUAUUGAAUCCAAUAUAAGUUUUAAAUACAGCAACUUCGGGUUUGCAUUUUGUUGAAAUUGUAAACUGCAAAAAGGCAAAGCCUUGGUACUACAUUCCGAAUCGGAACUUGACCUUCUGUUUAUUAUACACAGACUUCGCAGCCAACUGUUGGAUGUACAGGACAAUUGCGGGGCUAGCGCUACGAUAAUAUUGACACUAACAGUCUCUGCCGAGCCGAGAGUCGAACCUACGACGACUGGCUGGUUAGGCCAGUAUCGUACCUCGAGACCAACUGGAAGGUUUGAAAUUGUAGACUGAAGAACUUCAUUUACAGGAGCAAAAUUACAAAUUGCGCAACUAGUUCAUCGCAAAAUCACGAAAAUGAUGUUCUAUUCAUUUACUUUAACUUUGAACAAAAGAACUGAUGCAACGUUUUCUUACGUUACAUCUGUGAAGUUUAAAUUUCAAUUAUCUCUGAGAUCGCUAUCCCUAGGUAUCUAAUUAUUCGAACAAUUUUGAAACUGCUAAACAAAACAAUAUCGCACGCUUAGCCUUGGGGCUAAUAGCGGUCUCGAUCAACUAGAUUAGUUGAGAGAAUUCGUUAUCGAUAUUUUUUUUUUGGCACAUUUUGCAUGUGUAGUAUAAGUACAACGAUACACCGUGCCCCAGUGCUGAGUCAAAAAAAUUUCCAGCUCGAAAAGAUCCUCGACUCGAUCGGGAAUCGAACCCGAUAUCACAAUCGUGUGGGAAAGCUAGCCGACCGACAUCGCUAACCACAGAGCCACGGGGACCACUUUGAAACUGCUACGCCACUGAAAUAAAUUUGGAGAAUGUCGCCUUUAUAUAAUAUCUUUGAGACGGAUUGUUUUUAUUUUUAUAUAACAUUAACCCAUCAUUGCAAUUAAUUUUUUUUCUUCAUGAUCUGAUAAAACCAAUUUUUUAGUUUUAGAAUAAAGCUGAGAUUACUUGCCUUUUUCAUCUCAACCAUGCAAUACGAUUUUUAUUUUGGCUGUGUUUCGUGCGAGAAGAUACAAUACUGAAAAUACUGUUAAGAAAUCCACAAAAUCUACGUUCUAAAAAUAUUUCCAAACCAGUCGGAGCUUGAGUGUCCAGAAAAUCUGGAUAAAACUGGCAGAUAUACAAAAAAACUGGAAGAUUUUGGGAAUAAACUGUUUGACUGGAUCACUUGAAAAAAGCUGGAAGAAUCCAGUUUAAACUGAACAUUGGCAACUCUGGCUGUGCACAUAGAGAAUAACAUAUAUUGCGUGCUCCCACGAUGAAAAGUACAUCGUAAGAAGGAAGGCGGAGAGAGUGCACCAGUAACGAUUUUUUUUAUAUGGUGCUCUUUUGUGAUCUUCGUUAUUCACCUACCAUGGAGGUCUGUUUGCAAAUGUGCGAAGAAUAAGAAUAACUCGCACACUGACGACGAUGUCAAUGCAUCAUAGGCUUGGUUUAUACGUAUUCAUUAGUCGCUAGAAGCGAUUUUUUUCCAUCGGUGUGAACCACUGUGGAAUGGCGUACGCGCAUCGUCACGUUGUUAUUUUUUCCCAACCGGCACAAUAAUAAUAAUCAGUUAAGGUUCAACACCGGACCGUAUAGGCUACAGACACAGAGUGCUACCACGGCGCGCGAUUAAUAACUUACUUUCAAACCGUUUGAUAGUUACGUGCUUGAUCUGUCGUGUUCCAAAAAACAAAUGUCGACACUCGAAAGCUUUGAAUCUUCAGGGACACGCAGCUGGAUCAGUGGUGACUAUUUCGCGCGGAUUCUCGAACAAUACUUUGGCACAGAGGUCGUAGUUGUAAGCUUUUCCAUCGAAGACGGAUCGCCAGAGGGCCAAAAUUUUAUGAACUCAAUUAUACGUGCUAGGAUAACAUACUGCAGACGCGACAACGAUGAGUGGAGUACGACUUCGUUGAUUUUGAAAACAGGUUUGUCCAAUCCGGAGCUAGCCAGAAAUGUCCAGUACGUACUUCGAAUCGAAAAAGACAUUUAUGGGCCGAUUAUGCGCGAAAUCGACGAUCUUCUCGCAGGUUCAGGUGACUUUUGCAGUUUUGGACCAAGGUUGAUCUACGAAGAUCAGGAUGCACUUGUCCUAGAAGACUUAGCCCUGAAAGGGUACUCACAGCCUGAUCGAAAGGCUCGUUUGGAUAUGAACCACUGUGUACUGCUUAUAAAAAAGAUAGCAAAAUUCCACGCGGCGACAGCUGUCUUGGGUCGAAAGAAACGAGAGCUCUUCCAUUUACACAUGGGUAGUGGAUUUCUGGAUCCCACAAAUGCGAUCCGUUUGUACUAUAUGAAUUGUAUCGCUGAAUGUAUAUUGCUGACUGAAACCGUACCGGAUCUAACAUACUAUAGAGACUUCCUCUGUGAUUUCGCUAAGACCAUGACGGAACGUGAAUGUAGUACAUUUUCACGAGAGGAUGAAGAAUUUAACGUAUUGAACCACGGAGAUCUAUGGCAGAAUAACGCACUCUGGCGAUACGACCCACAAGGAUUCGUCCAGGACGUUUUGCUAAUCGACUAUCAGGAGUGUUUUUUUGGCUCACCCGGCGUUGAUUUGAACCAUUUUCUCUAUUCGUCCGCCAAUAAUGACGUUCAGCGGAACGGUUUUGGUGAAUUAAUCGAAAUCUACGUUAACGAGCUGCAAGUGACCUUGAAAAUGCUAAACUACGACUUGAAGGUACCGACGCUGAACACAAUCCAACAAGAGAUGAUAAAAAAGCGUGACCAUGCUGUAAUCGUAACCACUUGCAUAGUACCGGCGUUGAUAAUGGAACGACCGGAGCUAGCCACGCCGGAAAAUAUGCUCGAUGACAGUGACCAAGCCAGACGAGCACGACGAGAAACGUUCACAAACCCAAAGUUCGUCGAGAUUUUGAAGAUACUUCUCCCACAGUUAGCCGAUGUGAACGGAUAAUAUGGACUGUACCAUUUAUUAACAUACCAAAAUCGUUAUCGUCGUCCAGAGUAAACAGUAUCUCGGGCAUAUGUAUACAUUUUGUACUAAUUUUGAUGUUAUCGGUAUUAUAUAAUGUCGGUUUUUAUGGCUGCUUUAA